AUGUCUCUGUCCAGGACUUUUGUAAGAGAGGAGUUGAGCUCCACUCCACUUGAGUUUGAUGAGGGUCAUCUUAACAUUCGCAGCUACACUCAUGUCAAGGAGUGUCCAUUGUUGGCUUUUCUAGUGAGCCUGCAUAGCUACAUAGUGAAGCUUGAACUGAGGCCACAAAUAGGCACUAGUAAUGAACCAAUGAUAGCCAGUGUUGUAUUAGUAAUGGGCCAGUGUUGUACUAGUAAUGGACCCAACUGUAACAUCAACACCAAUGACUUUACAUUCAAACCUAACUGUAACAUCAACACCAAUGACUUUACAUUCAAACCUAACUGUAACAUCAACACCAAUAACUUUACAUUCAGAUCUAACUGUAACAUCAACACCAAUAACUUUACAUUCAGAUCUAACUGUAACAUCAACACCAAUAACUAUACAUUCAAACCUAACUGUAAGAUCAACACCAAUGACUUUACAUUCAGAUCUAACUAUAACAUCAACACCAAUGACUUUACAUUCAAACCUAACUGUAAGAUCAACACCAAUAACUUUACAUUCAAACCUAAAUGUAACAUCAACACCAAUGACUUUACAUUCAGACCUAACUGUAACAUCAACACCAAUAACUUUACAUUCAGAUCUAACUGUAACAUCAACACCAAUAACUUUACAUUCAGACCUAACUGUAAGAUCAACACCAAUGACUUUACAUUCAGAUCUAACUGUAACAUCAACACCAAUGACUUUACAUUCAGAUCUAACUGUAACAUCAACACCAAUAACUUUACAUUCAGACCUAACUGUAAGAUCAACACCAAUGACUUUACAUUCAGACCUAACUGUAAGAUCAACACCAAUGACUUUACAUUCAGAUCUAACUGUAACAUCAACACCAAUGACUUUUCAUUCAAACCUAACUGUAACAUCAACACCAAUGACUUUACAUUUAAACCUAACUGUAACAUCAACACCAAUGACUUUACAUUUAAACCUAACUGUAACAUCAACACCAAUGACUUUACAUUCAAACCUAACUGUAACAUCAACACCAAUGACUUUACAUUUAAACCUAACUGUAACAUCAACACCAAUGACUUUACAUUCAGAUCUAACUGUAACAUCAACACCAAUGACUUUACAUUCAAACCUAACUGUAAGAUCAACACCAAUGACUUUACAUUCAGACCUAACUGUAACAUCAACACCAAUAACUUUACAUUCAGAUCUAACUGUAACAUCAACACCAAUGACUUUACAUUCAAACCUAACUGUAACAUCAACACCAAUGACUUUACAUUCAGACCUAACUGUAACAUUAACACCAAUAACUUUACAUUCAGAUCUAACUGUAACAUCAACACCAAUAACUUUACAUUCAGACCUAACUGUAAGAUCAACACCAAUGACUUUACAUUCAGAUCUAACUGUAACAUCAACACCAAUGACUUUACAUUCAGAUCUAACUGUAACAUCAACACCAAUAACUUUACAUUCAGACCUAACUGUAAGAUCAACACCAAUGACUUUACAUUCAGACCUAACUGUAAGAUCAACACCAAUGACUUUACAUUCAGAUCUAACUGUAACAUCAACACCAAUGACUUUUCAUUCAAACCUAACUGUAACAUCAACACCAAUGACUUUACAUUCAGACCUAACUGUAACAUCAACACCAAUGACUUUACAUUUAAACCUAACUGUAACAUCAACACCAAUAACUUUACAUUCAAACCUAACUGUAACAUCAACACCAAUGACUUUACAUUCAAACCUAACUGUAACAUCAACACCAAUAACUUUACAUUCAGACCUAACUGUAACAUCAACACCAAUGACUUUACAUUCAGACCUAACUGUAACAUCAACACCAAUGACUUUACAUUCAAACCUAACUGUAACAUCAACACCAAUAACUUUACAUUCAGAUCUAACUGUAACAUCAACACCAAUGACUUUACAUUUCUAGCCAACUUCAAAAAUAAUUUUUUUUAA